CACGAACCCAUGUCCCCUGCAUCGGCAGGCGGACUCUCAACCACUGCGCCACCAGGGAAGCCCUCCCCUAAUUAUUAAUUAUUAUUAUUAGAAGGUUGGAACGGAGGUAAAAGUUUCCCUUCCUCGUGCUAAUCCAUAAGGCUGCCAUCGAAAAUUCGAUAGAGGUGCGUCUCUGGCUAAGUGGACUGCUGGCUUUGUUUCUCUGUCCACAGUCUUCCAAAUUGGCCAUCAGUCUCCCAGCCUAAAUGAGGCAAAGCCUCCUCUCUCCUAUUUGUAUUAUAAAUCUCUUCCUUCCUUGCCGGGGAAGCAGAGGACAUAUUAAACUGCACUUAAGUUCGGCAGCGUUGCUCAGACUGGAGGGUGGGUGUGUCCCAGUGAGCAGGGAUCAAUCUUCUAAGCGGACUUGGGGGGGCGGGGUUUGAGACACCGUCUAGCUGUGUUGAGGGGUUAUCAAACAGGCUAUCGGGAGGUUGUUUUUCUUGUCAGCCAAAUGAAUUCCACCCUCCUGUGGAGGGUCCCGGCUAAUUGGGAGGUGAGGCCGUGAAGCCUGAGAAGGUUGGAGUGGUACAGCUCUGAGCCCCUGGUGGCCGGAAGGCAUCUUCCGUCAGGGUCGUGAUAGGGAAGAUGCAUUUUAGAAUAUGCCUGCUGGAGCCAUCUUGGAUGCAGCGUGUCCCAAGAGAGCUGAGUCAUCGUGGACUGAGCUCCCACCCCCAUGUCUGGCCCUGAGUGCAGGCCCAGAUGUUGACAGCUGCCUCUGGAGAGUGAUGGGAGCCUGCUAAUGCCAAUAUCCCCAUCGCCUGCAGGCGCUGCGCCCACCCUGGCUUCCUGGUGGGACUUUUCCAUGGGACUUUUUCCAUGAAUCUGCCUUGUGAUUCCAGGGCCUAUUAAAAUCCCCAAGCACUGCCCAUGCCUUUUAUUUCCUCCAUAGAAAGUGUGCCCGUUCUUAUAGAACCCCAGGAAUAGAACCAGGGGAAGGAGAGUGGAUAGACUGUAUAGGGGAGGGGGAGUACCCACAGCAUGGCCAGUCCCAAUCCUAGUCCUAAGAGGCAAAAAGCCCAACUACAUGGGGCAAUACAACCUUCACACCACCACCGACAUUCUGUUGGCAGGACCCUGAGCUUCUGGAAUGAGGGAAUCGCGUUGUCUUUGUCCUGCUUGGGGGGUUCUGGCUGAGGCACCUCUUGGCUGGCGCCAGAGUCGUCUCCUGUGCCUCUGUCAGCAUUUUCCAUUCUUCUGCCUAGUCACACCUUUUCCUCCAGGCAAAGGUCUGGGACCCGUGGCUCCUAACCUUCUCUUGACCCCAAACCCACUUAUUCUAGAAGCAAGGCUUUGGAUUGCCUGCAAAGAAUAAAGUGGGCUGAGGUAGCAUCCCCUGAAGUUCUGCCCCAUGGCCAACUUGAUCCUUGGAAAAACUCCUCUCUCUGAAUGCUUAACUAACAUCCCCCCGCAUCCAGCCCUGACCCCGGGAUCCCCAAAGCAGGCUGCCUUGGCAGAUGACUGUUUCUUGGUGGCAGACCUGCCAGACACUUAAGUCUAACUCUGCCACGGGGAAGUCUCUUCUUUGAAGACGAUGCUCUCCUGACAUGUGGAGGGAACACAGAGGCAGGAGGCAGGCUACCUCUAGGCAGACAUCCUCUGAGUUGGGAGAAACUAUGCACAGAAAUCUCUCUUAAGUAGAUAGGACUGUGGGAGCAAAGCCCUUGUUCAUGAGCCCAUAGUUCAUGGCUUUGCGAAGGGGAAGUAUCAGUUGACUGAGCAAUGAACCUUGCAGAAAAGACUUAAUGCUUUUUUCCUUGCAGUAUACAGAUGAGAACCUUGUGGGUAAGCUCCCUUUCAUCCACUUCAUGAACUUCGCAUCUAGACCUAGCUCUUUAUUUCAGACAGGCUGGAAAGCAUCUAAAGAGGCCCUUCCCCAAUUUAACCAUUUCUGAUCAAACUGUUGUUUCCAAGCAGGGGAAGUAUAAUACAGAGUUGCCCUGAAUGCCUUUUUUUUCUCUCUUCAUUCUUUACUAUAGAGACAUUGAUAAGUAUGGAUGUGUCACUCGGGGCAGGUGUCAUUCUCCUGUGAUUGGAAUACUGGGAUGACCAGCUGUGUGUCCCAAGUCUGGAGGGAUACAGGGUUAGAACUGGAAGUGGAAACCUAUCCACAUCCCCUUCUUAAGCAUCACCUUUGAGGCAAGGUGAACCUAGUAACGGAGGUACAGGGUCAGCUCUCCAAAUCAGAACAUCAUUAGCGUCUUGAAAAAGCAUUUACCGAAACCCCAUCCCGUAGCACGUUAAUCCAAUGGUCUUCCCCCCCCGCCAAAGGUGGUUAUCUUUCCCUUUUAUCCGAACCCUGGCUAUCUGUUGUGUCCCCCACUCCCAAGCCCGGUGGAAUCUUCCCAGAGUCUAAUCUUUCUCUGGGAUUCCAAAUCGUGCCCCCUUGGGCAGGGGUCUUGGCCUCUGUUGCUAUUUCUUUAAAUUGAUCUCCAGCCGAAUUCUGAAUGUAAAGGUCAGCAGGCGAGGAAAUGGCACUUUAAUAGAAAACAAUGUGCACUUUCUAAAUUUGAACCAAGCCGUUUCCGCUCUUUGAUUUAAGUGACUUCCUGGGGUUCCGUGUCAGGCACUGCAGUUGAAUCUCUGGCCGGAUUCCAACUUAAAAUUGCACUCUCUCGGUGAAAUUAGAAACUGAUCCAGGGUUGGCUUAGCUAUUCUAGUAAAUAGCAUUUAGGCUGAAUAUUCAGCUCAGCACUUGGCAAUGGGUGAUGUGAGUGCCCCUCGGGAGGAUUUCCCAUCCAAGUUGUCAGAGGUGCACCUACCCAGGCGUUAUUAGCCACUAGAUGUUGCUGCUCUCAGAAGUAGUGGUAAUAAGUUAAUAUCCUGGAUGUGCAGGCAUCAGAUACAGCUCUUCCUUCUCUUGUGAUUAUCUGAAAUAAAGGCUUUUGUUUAUCCAGCUGAUAAACGACAUGGGAGCAUACAGGGACUGUCUGUCAUGGUCCCCACAUCCUCAGCAUGCAGCACAUCGCUUGGUACUUAAUACUCGUGCUUAUUAGUGCUCAGGAAAUCUAAACUGUUGCUCUCUGGGAUGGUGAUAAAUUAGAGUAUGUGCUGUGUGUCAGGCAAAAUGCUAGGUCCUAGAUAUGCAUUUUCUCAUUUAGUCCUCACAAGAACCCAUUUUACAGAUGAAAAUACUAAGGCAUAGAGGUUCAAGAACCUCAUUCACAGCAACGCUGCUAGGCAGAGGUGAGAAUUUGAACUUGGAUCUGAUUCCAGAGCCUGUGUUUAUAACUGCUAAGCUGUAUCUGUCUUAAAUCAGGAGCAUGUUUCAUGGGGGUUAUAAGAAUGAACUCGGACGGCACAGCUUUGAGCCCUAGUUCUGCUCCUGAUGGUUUUGUGUGACUGUGGACACGUUACUUUGAACAUUAGUUUCCUGUAACUAGAAAAGGGAUAAUAAUAGUAGUUACAUUUUAGGUUUAUUGUGAAGAGUCAAUGACGUAAUAAAUAUGGUGCUUAGAAGAGUCCCUGGCACAUAGGCCCCUAGAAGCCUGCUUCUCUACACAGCCCAGGACCUCUGGCCCCAUGGAGCCCCCGAUCCCACAGAGCGUCCCCUUGACUCCCAGCUCAGUCAUGGUCCAGCCCCUUCUGGACAGCCGUAUGGCCCACGGCCGGCUCCAGCACCCCCUCACCAUUCUCCCCAUCGACCAGAUGAAGACCAGCCACGUGGAGAACGACUACAUCGACAAUCCUGGCCUGGCACCCCCCACCGGCCCCAAGCGGACCCGGGGUGCAGCCCCAGAGCUGGCCCUGACACCUGCCCGCUGUGACCAGGACAUCACCCACCACUGGAUCUCCUUCAGCGGGCGCCCCAGCUCUGUGAGCAGCAGCAGCAGUACGUCUUCUGACCAGCGCCUCUUAGACCACAUGGCCCCCCCGCCCGUGGCUGACCAGGCCUCCCCGAGGGCCGUGCGCAUCCAGCCCAAGGCCAUCCACUGCAAGCCACUGGACCUCAAGGGCCCGGCCGUCCCCCCAGAGCUGGACAAGCACUUCUUGCUGUGCGAGGCCUGCGGGAAGUGUAAGUGCAAGGAGUGUGCGUCCCCCCGGACGUUGCCCUCCUGCUGGGUCUGCAACCAGGAGUGCCUGUGCUCCGCCCAGACGCUGGUCAACUAUAGCACCUGCAUGUGCCUGGUGCAGGGCGUCUUCUACCACUGCACCAACGAGGACGAUGAGGGCUCCUGCGCCGACCACCCCUGCUCCUGCUCGCGCUCAAACUGCUGCGCCCGCUGGUCCUUCAUGGGCGCCCUCUCCCUGGUGCUGCCCUGCCUGCUCUGCUACCUGCCCGCCACCGGCUGCGUGAAGCUGGCCCAGCGCGGCUAUGACCGCCUGCGCCGCCCCGGAUGCCGCUGCAAGCACACGAACAGCGUCAUCUGCAAGGCAGCCGCUGGGGACGCCAAGGCCAGCAGACCCGACAAGCCUUUCUGACACCUGGGGUCAAGUCCCGGCGCUUCCCCCUGGAAACUUGGUUCCCUUCUCACACCUGAGAGGGGACCACCACAGUGAGGCCAGAGGUUUUAGCAUCCUCAGGCUGACCCUGCCAGUCUGCCCACUCCCUACCCCCAGCUUCUGAAGAAACAGAGACCACAAUCGCCCAUCCUUCUCUUCCCCAAAAGGAUGAAGAAGCACUUUGGGGUUUUUUUUUUUUUUUUCAGGGUCCUGGAACUUGUGUGAAACAGAUAGUGGCAGGGGCGUGGUGUGGUUUGGGGGCGAUUUUUCUUUUUCAGAAGAUGGAACACAGAUGUGGACACAUAUCCGGAAGUUGCAGCUGCUUGAAUGCCUUCCCAGCCCUCCUCCUCCCUCCCUCUCUCCCCGCUCUUUUGCAUUCUCUCUGGCUGCCUGGGAGGAAUCGGUAACUGAGCGGCCAGGGGACCUUGGAAGAAGACCCUUGGAGUUUUACCGUCUAUACCUUCUUCUCCCAGCCUCUACCCUGGUUUGCCCCGACAUCUUGGGGAAGGUGUAGACCCUGGCGAUCCCUGUUGUAUAUACUUGGGAGCCCCCUCGUUCCUCGCUCUGCCCGGAGCCACGGAUGGAUCUAGGAACCACUGCACAGUACCUUUUCUCCCUUCCAGCUUCCUCACUAACUCUUGGGGGUGUUCCACUCAUAACACCGUCCUUCGGCUCUUACUGGGUCACAGACUCACCCGCCCGCUACGUGUCCCAAGUUCUCUCUACCCAGAUCUUUUCCAGAAACUUUAUGGGUAGAGAAGGCCAGGGCGGCAAAUUCGAGACCAAAUAGCAUUUUGCCAAUGAGUCUGAGGCUGUGGUCUCUGGAUCCAGUCAUUAUGUUUUUAUAGAAGCAUUAAACCAGAUGCUAACGGUGUUUUAAGAAAUAACAGUAAAACACUUGCUUCCUUUUGGGCCACCCCCAGGAAGGGCUGAUUUCAAAAUCUGGGGGGCGAGCAACCUCAAGGAACACCAUCCCCCUCCCCACCAAGAAGAGGAUUUUAACAGCAAAGAAGAGAGGCGGCACCUCCCAUUGGCAGAGUGAGAGUUGAGGCGAGCUGGGUGUAGGUUUCUUCUCUCUUGAUUCUGCUGCUUGCUGUCAUAGCCUUUUGUGUACAGUGUCUGUAUCUUUAAUGUAAAUAGACAGAUGAUGAAAAAAGAGUCUAUUUUAGUGUUAGGAAGCCCUGGCGGGGGGGUCAGAAGAAUGCGGGUGGGGGAAAGAUUCUCCAGGGGCUUCUUGGGAUUGAGCCCUGCUUCUGUGCGUGGCUACAAUGAGCCCCUCCCAACAGCCCCCAAAGACGUAGCAACUCUUUCUCUCAAGGUGCUAAAGGACAGAAAGUGCAGCUCGUCCGGUGGGUAGGUACUUGUUGCAUGCAAAAGCUGUAGUGUGUCCAGUCCUUCCUCCCUAGCUAUCGUGCGGGGUUUUCGCUUAGUGUGGUAUUUUGUGCCUCCCUCUCUUUCCCCCCAUGAGAGGAAGUAGCCUGGGUCAGAAAAGCUACCCCAGGUGAUAUCGGAAGUGCACUAGGCACAGCGUUUGUGGCAUUUCCAGUUUGUUCUGUAGGAACAGAACAGCCUCCAGGAAGGAGGCAAGGAGGCAGGUAGCUGCGAUGGUCAUGCACCCAGUGCUUCUCAAGGACUUUUUUUUUUUUUUUUUUCCUUCUUGAAGACUAGUAGUAACAUCUUAUGAUUUAGAAUAAGUUAAUUGUAACCGUAGGUAUUUAUUGACUGGUGGAAAGGAGGGGAGGGUCUUAUUAUUUUAGGCUUUAUUUAUAUAACAUAUGCUGGCUUGUAAAAGGCAAAUAUGAAAUACUGCAUCUGCGUUUCCUAAGGCUGAUUCCUGUAGCUCCCUUUGCCACAGUCGUGAUGGAUGUGUGGAUGUUCUCGCACAAAUCAGAGGGGAUGGUAGAAGAAACACAUUCAGCCAACCACAUAUCCUAAUUGAAUGUAUCAGAUGUGUACUGAAGGGACUGGAGAUGUUUUCUCAGAACAGGUGUGCAGAGGUUACCCCAAAAAAGAGGGCACACGUCCUCGCUUGGUGAGACCUCAGAACUUUUCCCAAAGCCCCUCCCUCAAAUGUCUCCAUGGGAAACUUGACCCAGUGGCAAGUUGCACUUUGGUGAUCUUUGGAGUUCUACACGCACAUUCUGUGGAGAAUUGACUUACAUAAGCUGUGUGCGCGCGCACACACACACACACACACACACACACACACACACACACACAUACACACAUACACACAUAUACCCCUACCCCACCGUCUCUAUCUACAUAGACCCUGUUACCUGGCAAACAGCCUCCUGAACCCUGACUUUUUGUGUAUAUAGUUAUAAACAUGGAUUUUUCUGGGUUUUGGCUUUCUCUUUUCCCUUUCCCCUGUUUUGGCUUGUUCUUUUUGGUUUGCAUCUAGCCUGCUAGAUGGACGUCUGCAGAACUCUGUCCUGUGUGCUCAGCUUCGGUUCACCCAGCUUUGUUGCAUAGCUAUCCCUCAGCAUGUUUUCCUUGGCAAAAAGAAAAAAUAAAACCGGCUUGCCCGUGGCCCCCGGGGGCCAGUCAAGGGCCACUGAGGGACCAAGCUCUCAGUAACACGACCCAUUUCUGUGGCUGCUUCUGGCUGGUUGCGUGUCCUGUCACCAGUGGCCUGCUUGGCUGGAUUAUGCCUCGUGUUGACCUUUUUUUGAAGAGUGCCAGCUGCUUCCCACUUCUGUUCAACCGGGGUGGCUGGUGGUUCUGCCUGGAACCGGGGGUGGGAUCCACAAACCUGGGUCCAGGAUGCUUGUCCUAAGGGGCCGAGGCUGCUUCCCCUCAAGGGUGGGUUUGUGAAGGCCCAACACCCCAGCCGGCACCCUGGGAACUGGGUCUAGGAGAGCCCAGCCCUCGCAGGUAGACGGGGUACAACCAAGGCUUCUGAAGGUCCCUGGCUGGGAGGAGUCAAGACCAGUCCCUGCUAUUGAUACGGGCCCUUCACAGCUGAUCGAGAUGGAAGACCAUCACGUGAUGCGCCCGGUUCUUUACGUGUUCUGGAGUCUGCGUGCGUCCCUGUUGGGCAUCGAGCGAGGCCCAGUUAGAUUAUGGAGUCCAAAUGUGGAAAGUGUGGGCUGGGACCAGCAUCCACAUCCCGUCACCUUCACGGUCUCUGUGCUGCCCCAGGGGAUGUCCGGUGGGGUGUAGGCAGCACAACUUGACACGGCGCAAGUCACCAGGGCAUCCCGCAAGCUUCACUGACCUUCUGGUUCAUGCCUUCGGUAAGCAUUUUCAUGCCCUCUGCUUACUGUGACAGGUGACGACAAAUCUUGCGCUGCCAUGUUUUGCUGUGGGUAACUGUGUGGUGUCUUAUCCUGCUUUCUCUUCUCACUGCCCCACGGUUUGGUUUCAUGUUACAAACAGAAAAGCUGUUCAAGGGUCCCACCCUGGCACAUUUUCCCUCUUCACUGUAACCCCUUCUCACCCCACAUCAAAAGUUACCACAGAAGGUUUCCUUUGUAUAGAAUAUUUAUUUUGAAGCUCUAUUUUAAUAGUAUUUAUUUUAGAAAGUCUACUAUUGUAAGAGUUCUUCUGUUUGUGAAGAAAAAGCAAGUUAAAAACUGAAUGUACUGAUCUAGAAAAUAUAUAUAAAUAU